AUGGCCGCUCAGGCGGGCUCGGCCGACCCGACGGUCGAGGACACCAUCCGGGAAUUCUGCGCCCAGCUGCGUCGUCGGGAGGUGCAAGGGGCUCUGUACACCGCGAAGAAGACGGUUGAGAUCCUGCGGCUGCUCAUAACCAAGUCCCGCUUCCCGGAGCCGUGGUCGAUGCUGGAGGAGGUGGCGGCGGUGGGCCGCAAGAUCCAGGCGGCGAAGCCCAUGGAGCUGUCCAUCGGCAAUGCAGUGCGGCGGGUGAUGCACGUGAUUCGCGAGGAGGCGGAGUCCUGGCUCGAUGAGAAGCGUACGGGGUCGGCCACAGAUCCCUUAGGACGCGACUCCGCGGUGGAGCCGAUCCCGAUGCGCGAUCCGUCGGGGCACGGCGAGCUCGUCGACGACCAAAGUGUUGCGUCGUCAGAGGCCGCGGCGCGGCGCGUGCUGCCCGCGCUGCGCGGCACGUACAACCGCAACGUGUCGCUCGCGUCGCUGAUCGACCACCCCCCGAGCGGCCUCAUCCGCCGCGGCGUCAGCCCCGCCAGCACCCUCCACCGCCGCGACGUCCAGGACAGCCUCUUCGAUGACGCCGGCGACGAGGCGGCCGCGCAGCCGGCCCCCGGGCCGCGCGGCGGGGCAGCACGCGGGCGCGCGCCGCACUGGGAGCGGCGGAAGCUGGUGAUUGACGGCGUGAACGAGCUGCUGGACGAGAUGGACCAGAUCCUGCAGCAGAUCGCGGACCAGGCGGCGGACUACAUCCACGCGCGGGAGGUCGUGCUGUGCGUGGGGUACUCGGAGACGGUCGACCUGUUCCUGCGCGAGGCCGCGCGGAAGCGCACGUUCCAGGUGGUGGUGGCGGAGGGCGCGCCGGGGUGCCAGGGGCUGCGCAUGGCGCAGUCGCUGCUCAAGGCCGGCGUGCAGACGACGGUCAUUCCGGACAGCGCCAUCUUCGCGAUGAUGGCGCGCGUCUCCAAGGUCCUCGUCGGGUGUCAGGCGCUGCUCGCCAACGGCGGCGUCAUCUCCCCCGUCGGGAUGCACACCGUAGCGCAGGCGGCCAAGCGCCACGCGGUGCCGUUCGUGGUGCUCGUCGGGCUGCACAAGCUCUCGCCCACGUUCCCGCACGACCCCGACCUGGUGUUCAACGACUUCCGGCGGCCCCAAGAGCUGCUGUCGAUGGACGACGUGGCCGCGCCCUCCGCCAACGGGCACGGCAGCACGCCGCUGCAGGUGGUGAACCCCACGUUCGACUACGUGCCGCCGCCGCUGGUGAGCCUGUUCGUGACCGACACGGGCGGGCAGAACCCGUUCUACGUGUACCGGCUGCUGUCGGAGUACUACUCGAAGGAGGACUACGUGCUCGAGGGGCACUGA